AUGUCUUAUUCGGACGAUCGUAAAGAAGAUAGUAAAAGAUGGAGCGGCAAUGGUAGUAGUGGUAGUAGUGCUGACAAAUUUUCCGCAAGACUUUAUGUAGGACGUCUUUCUAGAUCCGUUACGGAACGUGACAUCGACGAGGCUUUUGGAAAGUAUGGAAGAAUUCGCGAAGUUGAUGAGAACGAUGAUGCAGCAGUCGGCAGAGAGAGGCGUAACACGGGGCUGCGACAUGUUGUUUUCUGUUUUGGUGCAGUUCGAGAAAAAAAGACGGCAAGAGGAGUCGAUGGUGUCAACGGUGUAUCGCCGACGCAGCAGACUCAAGUUUUAACACAGUAUCAAUUCAGGGCGUUGGACGGUGGUCGCAUUCAAGGAAAUGAUGAUAGAAUAUUAGUGGAAUUUGCAAGAGGUAGUACUUGGCGUGGAGCUCGUGAAAGUCGUCAUGGAAGUGGUCGUAGUUAUGAUGGGCGACCACCAGAAAGAUGUUUUAAUUGUGGGCAAAUCGGUGCGUAUUGGCAAUUAAUUUUCUUACGUCUCAAAAUUGAAUUUGAUUUAUUAUUAACGUCAAAUGCUGUACUUUUUAUGAAAGAUACGGGUCUAGUGGCUACCGUGGAAGAUCCUACUCACCAUAUCGUCGUUCUCGUUCCCGUUCUUCCCGCCGUUCCCGUUCUCCCCGUCGUUCCCGUUCCCCCCGCCGUUCCCGUUCCCCCCGCCGUUCCCGUUCUCCCCGCCGUUCCCGUUCUCCCCGCCGUUCUCGUUCACGCUCACCAUAUCGUUCUUCUGACCGCAAGGAUCGAGAUAGGGAUCGAGAUAACAGAAAGGACAAAGAAC